CUGCUUUCAUAAACAGUCAUGUGUACAGUUCAACCAGGCCUGAUGCCUCUGGUGCUUUCUUUUUUCUAAGCAGCACCUUUGAAUCUCUAUUUUCUUCCUGUAAGCCAGCGUUGCUGCAUAUCUAGCAGACUCUUUAUACGCCAAAAGGGAUUAAAUCUCAAAAUCUUUGCUGCAUAGAAUAUAUAUAUUUUUUUUUUUGUGUGGAGUAAACCAAGGCUCAGGCAGUCCUGGUGGUGAAUAUUUUCUAAUUUUUCCAGAGAUCAAGCAGAAGAUUCAGCUGCUGAUGUCAGUUAACUCUGAGAAGUCGUCCUCUUCAGAAAGGCCAGAGCCUCAGCAGAAAGCCCUCUCUACUCCUCCACCUCCCCCUCCUCCACCUCCACUUCCUGAGCCAGUGCCACCAGAGCCUGAAGAGGAGAUUCUAGGAUCUGAUGAUGAGGAGCAAGAAGACCCUGCAGAUUACUGUAAAGGGGGCUAUCACCCUGUGAAGAUUGGAGAUCUGUUCAAUGGGCGAUACCACGUUAUAAGAAAGCUAGGAUGGGGUCACUUCUCAACAGUAUGGCUCUGCUGGGACAUGCAAGGAAAGAGGUUUGUGGCAAUGAAAGUGGUGAAAAGUGCUCAGCAUUAUACAGAGACAGCUUUGGAUGAAAUAAAGUUACUGAGAUGUGUGCGAGAGAGUGAUCCUGGAGAUUCUAAUAAAGAUAUGGUGGUGCAGUUAAUUGAUGAUUUUAAAAUAUCUGGCAUGAAUGGUAUACAUGUCUGCAUGGUCUUUGAGGUUCUUGGUCAUCAUUUGUUAAAAUGGAUUAUUAAGUCAAACUACCAAGGUCUUCCCAUUCGUUGUGUAAAAAGCAUUAUCCAACAGGUUCUUCAGGGACUGGAUUAUUUGCAUAGCAAAUGUAAAAUUAUUCAUACAGAUAUAAAGCCAGAAAAUAUCCUAAUGUGUGUUGAUGACUCCUAUGUUCGCCGAAUGGCUGCAGAAGCAACAGAGUGGCAGAAGGCUGGUGCACCUCCCCCAUCUGGAUCAGCAGUAAGUACUGCUCCUCAACAGAAGCCAGUAAGUAUAUCGGUUGGCAAAAUUUCCAAAAACAAAAAGAAGAAACUUAAAAAAAAGCAGAAGCGUCAAGCGGAACUUCUUGAAAAGCGUCUUCAAGAAAUAGAAGAACUUGAGCGAGAAGCAGAGAGGAAAAAAACAGAAGAAAAUGUUUCUCCGGAUAUUCUUUCAAAUGAGCAGGAUAUAGAGAAUCAACCUGAAGCCAAGAUGAAAACAGUUUGCCUGGAAGAUGUUCCUGAUGUCGAACCCAUAAAUGAAUAUGGUAAUGUUUUAUCAGAAGGAGAAGAUCAUGAAGAAAAAGAAGACACAGAAAAAGAAAACGUAGAAAAAGAUGACAAUACUGAGGCGGAAUUUGGCAACCUGGAUCCAACAUGGAUUGAAUCCCCCAAAGCAAAUGGACACUUAAAAAAUGGCCCAUUCUCUCUUGAACAACAAUUAGAUGAUGAUGAAGAGGAAGACGAGGAUUGUCCCAAUCCUGAAGAUUUUAAUUUAGACGAAUCAAAUGCAGAAAGUGAUUAUACAUAUAGUAGCUCUUAUGAACAAUUUAACGGGGAAUUACCAAAUGGACAGCAUAAAAAUUCAGAACUAGAAUUCUCUGAGUUUUCAGCUUCUAUGUUCCAUGAGCCAUUGGAUUCAGUGGCAUCUGGUCUGGCAACUUCUGAGGAGUCCAAUGUGACUGAACAAGAAGAAAGUAGUUCCUGUCAAGAUAGGAGCAGGACAGUUUCAGCUUCCAGUACUGGAGAUUUGCCAAAAAAUCUAGUGUGUGGCAGAAGUAGAGACCCCCAUGUGACAAUCCAGCAAGGGAGGCUGUGUCUGAAGGAGAGAGCCACGGAAUGGAUGAUGAAGAGGAUUUGCAGUAUUGAGAGAGUUUUUGCUAAAACACGUGCCGCAGACCUACUUAUCAACCCUCUGGAUCCAAGAAAUGCAGAGAAAAUAAGGGUUAAAAUUGCCGACUUGGGCAAUGCCUGUUGGGUGCAUAAACACUUUACGGAAGAUAUCCAGACAAGGCAAUACCGGUCAAUAGAAGUUCUGAUAGGUGCAGGAUACAGUACACCUGCUGACAUAUGGAGCACAGCUUGCAUGGCAUUUGAACUAGCAACUGGUGAUUAUUUGUUUGAACCACAUUCUGGUGAAGACUACUCUAGAGAUGAAGACCACAUAGCACACAUCAUUGAGCUGCUAGGCAAUAUCCCAAGACACUUUGCUCUGUCUGGAAAAUAUUCUCGGGAAUUCUUCAAUCGCAGAGGAGAGCUUCGACACAUAACAAAACUAAAGCCUUGGAGUCUCUUUGACGUUCUUGUGGAAAAAUAUGGAUGGCCUCAUGAAGAUGCUGCACAGUUUACAGAUUUCCUGACCCCUAUGCUAGAAAUGGUUCCAGAGAAACGAGCAUCUGCUGGCGAGUGCCUCAGACAUCCAUGGUUGACUUCUUAGCACAUGCUAGCAUCUCCAAUUUUGCUUCGGACCUAAAUGCUGACUGUCACAAAAUCUUUUCCAGGAUUACUAGAGAGCUGGUUUCAUCUUAAGAAGACCUAACCACUUUUUAUUUGAAUUAACUUUUUACCUCCAUUUUUCUUUUCUUCUGCUUGGUGUUCGCUGUGGUCAUUAGGAAGGGUAACCUUUAUGUCUUCAGUUAUAAGCUUUAUAUGGUCACUCUUUUUUUUUUUCAGGUCGGGAUGGGUGGGAAAUUGGGAGAAAAAAAGAAAAAAAAAGGCUUAGUAUCUGGUCUUGUUUCUUGUGUUACAUGGCAUUCCAAUGUCCAAUUUUUCAACAAGGAGUACAUUUUUCCAUGUGUCUGCCAGAUUUUGUAUCUAUUUAUGAAAAGUUUUAGCCGAUGUUAGAUAAAUCCAUGACUUUAUUAAUUAAUAUACAGUCCUAAACAGAUAGGUACUGUGCAAUUUUUACCCUGAACAGGGAUUUCCAUUCUUGUACUAUAGUGUAUGUACAUUCACUUUGUAAAUGUUUAUUUUGAUGACUACCCUUUGCAGUGCUAAAGAGGGCUGCAGUAUAUUGCGUGUUUCUUUGGCACUCUAAAGGUUACUAAAAUGAAAGGGUAUUUUUAAUUAAAAAGCAGCUCUAUAUUUUCAGCAUCAUUAUAGUAGUUGAUUUGCAUGUAACAGCUGUUCCCAAGAGAUGCACAUGCAUUUUCUGAGUUAUGUGCAAAUAAAUCUCUGCUCUACUUUUUAGACAAUUACCCUAAUUAGCAUUUUAGGGGAAUCUAAGGUCUUUGUACUUUAAACUCAAUGCAUUACAUUACAACACUAAUCAAAGAGAUUUGUUUUUAUUUUAAAAUUGAUAAAGCAGCAAUGUUUUAUAUCAAAAGGCGGCACCAUACCAGUCACCUAAAAAUUAACAUGCAGCACAAUGUAUUGAGUAUCUGUCUAGCCACCUCCUUUUUACAAAAGUCACAUCAGUAGACCUAGUAUACGUACCCUGAAUACAUCUGCCAUGUUGAAUGUGUGGUAUUUAAACAUAGAGUACAGCUCUUUGUCUCUGUGUCAUAAAACUUUGUAGAUUACAGGCACCCCACAACAACCUGUAACCAUUGAGUGAUUGUGUGUUUUGGUGUCUGUUCUUUAAUUAGAGGAGCUGUUGGUUGACGUGAAGUUACACUCUACUACAAAUUUCUAUAUACUAACAACUGCAUGAAUUUUAUAAAUUUCAUAAAAAUGUUUAAAUUUAAAAUUGUUGCUUAAUAUUUGUCUUUGCUUGGAUGGUCUGCAAAUAGAAAACCCACAAUUUAAAAUGAGUCACAUGAUAUGCUAUGAGGAGGACCAAAAAUAUCAUUAAAAUUGAAGGUCCCGUUGGGAUCUACCAUUGUAAAGUAUACCGGAAGGAUCUCUAUAAAGUUUUAUGAAACAGUUGUUCACUAUGAAGAAUUUGAUCCUUAGAGUAGUCUUGUAAGAGCUUAUUCAGGUGUAUCUUUCACUUACUAUGAAAUUUGUAAUGUUAAUGUGUAUAAUGUCUAACAAACAUUUAUAUUUUUGCAAACAUGCAAAAUAACUAGAAAAUAAUGAUUUUAAAACUAAUAUUUUGCACAAGAGUGCAUAGUAAAAUAAGCUGUGCACCUCUUAACUCGGUUCCACACAAUAUGAAAGUUAAAUAACCGAUCUCACAAUUGCUUUGCUGUACAUAUAAUUCAACAUUAUUUUUUUAAACUAAAUGCACUGGUUACCUGUAUUUUGGAUGAACUAACUACAUAGCAUUGACAUCUCUAUUUAAUGUUUCAGUUUUGUUUAAGAGUUCCCAAAUAAAUUCAAAGUAGUAGAAUUAAAAAAAAUGCAAUAGUUGAAAACAGAUUUUAGAAUGUAAUCAGAGGUAUGUUUAACCUCUUUUAGAAGUCCGUGGAUUGAAUGUAAAUUUUUCUGGUUUUACUAAUUAUGGUGCCACUAUUUUCUUAUCCAUUGCAGUUAAAUCACAAGCCUUUGCAAUAAUUAGAUGUGAAAAUACCCUGUGUUGUAACAGUAACCUAUUGUUGUUUAAGGUGCUUGCAGUUGACCAAUAAAAGUGUAUGUUUUUUUCA